UAGGACGACGUAACGUUCCUCAGAGACAAACAGGUUCCGAUCAAUAAUACGAUAAGGCUUUAAUGUAAUUACAAAACUGUUUGGUGUUGUGAGGGAUGUGAUUUUAAAACACAAUAGUGAUUACGCGGCCGGGAGUGUCAAACAUGGCAACGUAAACUUCGUCCACCAUUGGAUUUAAAGCGGGAAACGGACGUUCCGAGAAGUAAGCCGUGGACUUAAAAGUUUACUACAGCUGGCUGAACAGUGGUAUCCGCCUGCAAAUGGAUAAUCCUUGAAAACAAACCAGCUUGUGACUUUUAUUAACACAGCUUACGGAAUAAUGUAACUUCAGUUGAACCAGGCAGCUAACCGAGAGACUGUCGCUGAGGAAACGAGCCGCCGCACGACAGGGGACGGACGAGCACUUCCUGGGGCAUGUUGACUCAGGACAAGAGGGCAAAAAAAACAUUUAUUUCUCAAUGAAAGAGAAUAAAAUGAAACCAAAACGCAGCCUGAGGCACACAGGACCCGACUUGCAAGGGAAAGGCGUCAGUGCUGGAGACAAGGCAACACUGAGUCAAGCUAAGCCAACCUCGCUUGUCCCCUCUCUUGCUCAAGUCAAACCCUUUGCUGGCAAAGUGUUUUACUUGGAUCUGCCAUCAAACAGAACAGCAGAGAUGUUGGAGAGAGACAUCAAAGAGCUUGGAGGGACUGUUGAGAAGUUCUUCAGUAAGGAAAUCAAGUAUCUGGUGUCCAACAAGAGGGAGGCCCGAUAUGUGCAUUGCCUCAGGCAGGACUCUCCUCUCCCAAGCCCAGAGUCUGGACAGAGUUCACCUCACCCUCCUUCAAAGCCGCACCGGCCCUGCAGCAAUGGGGAAAGCAUCAAAAGCAGGUCUCAGGCCCAAGCAGACACAUUUGUUACAAGUCGAGGGAAGUCUUUGGUGGAGAGAGUGGUAAAAGAGCAGGAGAGGGUACAAAUGAACAAGAUCCUGUCAAAUGCUCUGGAGUGGGGUGUGAAAAUCCUCUAUAUAGAUGAUAUAAUAGCAUAUGUUAAGAAGAAAAAAAAGGUCCUCAGCAGCCAGUUUCCUGCUACCACCGCCGUCAAAACAAGUGUCAAACCUGAGCCAACAGCAAAACAUUCAGGCUUUCAGAAAUGCAAGGGGGGUCGUAUCAGUAAGCCGUUUGUCAAGGUUGAGGAUUCAAGCAGACACUACCGUCCAAUCUACCUCACUAUGCCAAACAUGCCUGAGUUCAACCUGAGGACCAGGGCCCCUCCCUGUAGUCCUUUCAAUGUAGAGGACAAGGAUCCCCUGGGGAACAAACAGCAGGGGAACAGUGAAGAGCAAGCACACGGCCGAAAGAGGAGAGACAAGAAACGAGGUGGCUACUGCGAGUGCUGUAUGAUCAAAUAUGAGAACGUCAAAACGCAUCUUCAAAGUGAACGUCACAAGGCUUUCUCCAAGAGUGAUGAAUACCUGGUGGUGGAUAAACUGGUUUCAGCUCUACAAUGCAACUUCAUCCCCAUUAGAACUCAAUUUAAAAGACCAAAGUGUAGUGUUUCCUCUCCUCUGAUUGUUCCUGGACCAUAUGGGAAAACUGAGCCAAGGCAUGAGGGAGAUCUCAACACCACAGAGAUUAUUAAAGAAGAGCAGAACCGAACUGUUGAUGAGCACGGGGGAUCUAAUUCAGGACACGCUUUAAAAAACAGAUCAGUUCCUGCGGCUGCUCCUCUGAUUCACAGAGAUGGAGACAGGAGGUACACUCACUCAGACAGAUCCAAGCACAGAUCUCUAGCACGUAAACGGCCGUGCGUACAGAAUUCUUUGACUUCUUGCACUCAAACAGCUCCUGAGGCCAAGCAGGAAAUGGCUCCCUCUAGAGGUGAAUUUGUUGACUCCGUUCCCUCCAAAAUUACUCAGGUCAACGUUGUGGACCAAAUAACAACUGAAGACAGUAACAGUUCAACCACUCACUUCCAUAAAAGAAAAGAACAGAAUGAAGUUUCGUUAAAAAGCCUUUUAACAAAUGAACAAGAGGACUCUGAUAAGAAACAGGAUUCCUCAGCGUUUGAGGCUGUACAAGGCGGAAACAUGUUGCCAGACAAAACAACUGGAAACCUCUCAGAAAAGGAUGAGACAAGCCUUCCCACCGUCUCCCCAGUUCGCAGAAUAAACAGGAGGAUCAGAGUUUAUAAACGCAAAAGACGGAAAGUGGACACGCGCGUUGAACAUGUCAGACAAAAGGACAUUCCUGAUGAUUCCAUCCUGAGACUUUGGGAGCUUUUUCAGUCAAGUGAUGACAUGGAUGUUGAAUUCCUGGGGUUCGAUGAACUAAAGGGAUGAACUGGACUCAUCGCCUUUUCGAAUACAACACAUGUAUAGACAUAACACAUACUGUGCCAUGGACUAUGUUAGUCACUAGAUGAUUUUUCUUGUCUAGUUUUAAGACAGCAGAACGACCUAAAGUGGUUUAUUUUGUUUUUUAUGUUAUUUUAUAUCAGAUGCAAGGCAGCUGCUGAUGUGCUGUAGCAUUUUUGUUUAUUGUUUAUUUUUGUUGAUUUGAAUUAGGUAACGAGCAUACGAUGACAUUUAUAAAUGUCUUAACUGUGGCUUAAAAUGACAUUUUCAACACUGUUGUGCUGUAGAAAUUGAUUGAAAAACAUUUAUUUGGCUUUUAGAUUCUAAAAUCAACACAAUGAAUUGUCACAGUGGACUAUAUUAAUCCCAUGACUGUCAGCACAAUCACAUCUUGGUUGCCUCAAGACUUAGAAAUAUUUCUAUAACUCAUUUAUGAGGAGUACAGGUUUAGUAAUGUUGCUUUAACCUGGAUUCAACUGCAGUAGAAGUAGUUCAGUGUCUAAAAUAACACAGAGUAAUUCAUGUGUACUAGUUUAAUAAAUUGAAAUGUUUUGAAGCACAAUGAACUGGGAUAAAAUGUCACCUGAAGAUGACACCCAGCACAAGUCCCAUCACAACAUAUUAAUGGAACAAAACUUAUCUUCUGGCAGACAGUUGAUUGUUGAGUUUAUUCCCAGAUCAUCAAAUACUGUUGCUUUGAGUACACGUCCGACCAAAAAUGCCAGCCCAGUUUGUCAGUAUUUGAUGAUCAGGGAAUAAGAUUCAUCAAUCAAUGAUCUUUUGCCAGGAAGUUGUAUUUUGUUCCUUUUUAAAGGGACCUUAUUUAAGACAGAGUACAGCAGACAUUACUGUACCAACCAAAUGUAUUUUUAAGCAAUUCCACGAAAUGUUUCGAAGUUUACAGUCUCUGCAUGUAGUCUCUUCAACUGAAUACAGGCUGUUAAUUUAAAGGAGCGUCAUAUGAUGGACAAAAGGCAGCUUUAAUCUCACAGUAAUCUGAUUAGUUAAAUGUGGAAUGGAUUAUUAUAUAUGUACAUAAGAUACAUUGUGGUUGUAUAUAUGUGUUAAUGUGAAUGAUCUACAGGUUGGAUGUGUGGUACUUGACAUUAUAUAUGACAUUUUAAGAUUCUUCCUAAGUGCACUUUUCAUGAUCUGACAUGUGCUUUUUUUUCCUGAUGCAUUAGCUGAGCUUCUCCCUUUUUCUCUGCAUUUAGUGCAUUAGCAUAGUGCCCUUGUUCUCCCUCCUGCUCUCAAAUGGAUGCUCUGGGUCAAAUGGGUGUCUCUGUGCCACUGACAUUAAGAAGAAAGCAAGAAUACCAGUGUGUUCCAAGGUGCAAGAACAGGAAAGCUGCAAAUAAAAAAAAAAGGCAACACUGAAUGCUGACCUGAC